AUGUCCUCUUCAAUUCCAGAUAUAGACCCAUAUGGUGUACUUGGUGUCGCCAAGGAUGCCACAAUCGCCGAGAUCAGAGCCUCCCAUCGAAAACGGGUCCUCAAGUGUCACCCAGACAAGAUUCAAGACGAGUCACAACGCAAUGCGGCCCAAGAUGAGUUCCAGAAAGUCCAACAAGCCUACGAAUUGCUUUCAGAUGAGGGUCGUCGGGCCAAAUAUGAUAUGAAAGUCAAGAUGGCUGAAAUGAAACGCGAGAUGUUGAGCAAACGGACCGACUCUUCUCCCUAUAGCUCGCCACGAGGAAGUGGAUCCAGCAAUCGCGAAUACCGCAAUGGUUACAUCGUGGAGGAGAGAGUCCCAAUGGAUUUCAUCUUUGAAGAAACUAUGCGAUUUACAGAUGAGCCCCGUUCAAUGUCCCGCAAAUACGAUGAGUUUGGCACCCGCCCCAAGGCCAAAGCACCCACAGAUGAGAAGAAGAAGACCCGUACACCGACGAGCACCCACCAUGCCGCGAAGGAGCAACGGGAAAGUGUCAAGGCAACACAUUCCGAUCGGGCAAAGACACGCGAUCAGGAGAGACGACGACAGACCGAGGCCAAAUUCGGUACUUACGACACUUACGGAUCUGAUGACUAUUCCUCUGAUUCCAGUGUCCCGCAAUAUAAUAUGUACUUCAAGCGAACCAGCACCACACCCCAACGAGAGCGCGAAUCGCGAUCCCGACCCACAGAGUCCUCACGUCGUCGCGAAAGCCGCUACGAAGAUGGUGACCUGUCCGAUCACUGGAAAUCAAAGAUUGACAGCCAGUCCUUCAAAGCGGAGGAUUACAUCGCAUCCAAGGGCGGGCCCUCCAAGUCUCCGCGUUCAUACCGUGGUUACGAUUCAACGGAACCCGAGUCCUCCGGGCCGCGACCCGAAAGACGAUCCCGCCAUCGUUCCUCAUCGCGCAACAAUUCCUACGAGAAACUGGACUCAUCUCGGGACUCACCACGAACAUACGAGGCAAAGCCAGCAAAGAUGUCAACCUCCACAACAUCCCCCGGCAUCAAAGCAACUCUCCGCCCGUUCCUCAACACCCGUUCCCAUACCACACCAGUGGGCUAUGUACGCCCAAAACGGGACAGUCGCGACAGUCGCGAUCGCGAGCGCGAGCGCGAGCGCGACUCACCUCUCUACCAAAUGGCACACGAGCCCAUGCCAUCCCGAUCUUCUAGAGUGCGCGAUCGCAACGACUCAGGCUAUUCCAGUCCCACCACCACCGAAGCGCUCCCCCGAGGCACAUCCCCCAAGACCCCAACCCGCUACACGGUCACCAAGGAGCCAAGUCGCGUCGUCGUCGAACCAAAGUCUUCAAAGUACCGCUCCUCAAGAUCCCCAGAGCGCGAGCGCCCGGCUCCUGUCCGCGCAACCCCAAAGCGAAGCAGUACCUAUCACGCAUACUCGGUGGAACCCUCGCGCGUGGAGCCGCGUUCUUCACGUACGCCUCGCCAUCCGGAUGUAGAGUAUAUCGAUGCUGCGCCUAGGUAUACUUAUGCAUACGAGAAAGACUAUCGUCCCGUCGACAGACGCCAACCCGUCCAUUGA